UGGAGGAAGACAAGCAGAGACAGAGGCUGGAAAUUCACAGGCACCUGCAGGGAGAGGACAGACAGGCACCUGCUCAGAAGAUACACGAGAGACAGACCCAGGCAGGGAGAGAAGUGAUCAGCAUGCAGAGGAGCUUGGUAGCUGCCCACAUCAGCCCAACUCUUGUUUUAUUCAAACUCAGUCCUUGACCAAAAAGACACUAAAAUUUCAGGACAGCUGGUUUAGGAAGCACACGUGGCUUCAUUACAGCAAGGCAUUGAAGGGGGUGUUGUGUUUUUAUUGUGCCAAAUAUUUUGCAAUUCAGAAAUCGUCUUUAGCCAGUAAGGCUGAUGGGGCAUUCAUAACAACAGGUUUCAGUAACUGGAAAAAAGCACUUGAGAAGUUCCAUCAGCAUGAAAACAGCGACUGUCAUGCAGCAGCGAUGACCACUUAUCUGCACAGCAAACAGCCAAUCACUACACAACUCUCAACGCAAUUACAGAAACAGCAGCAUGAGGCUAGGAACAGCCUCUUGAAGAUUGUGGGUGGGAUUAUGUAUCUGGCAAGGCAAGGCAAUGCUUUCAGGGGGCAUGACAGCAAAGAGGGAAACUUGCACCAACUGAUGAUUUAUAAAGCAGAGGAUGACGCCGAAUUCAACAGCUGGCUCCAGAGAGGCAAUAACUUCACCAGCCCAAAAAUUCUAAAUGAAAUCAUAAAAAUAAUCGGCAACAAAAUAGUAUAUGACAUCGUUAAGGAGAUCCUGUCAUUGCCCCUAAUCCAGUACUCUCUCAUCAUUGAUGGGACACAGGAUGCAGCUGGAGUCGAGCAAGAGUCGUUCUGUCUGCGCUUCAUUGACAAAAACUUGCAACCCAGAGAGGAAUUUAUCGGUCUCUACCAGGUUACAUCCACUACUGGAGAGAACAUCGCAAGUGCAGCCAAAGAUGUCCUGCUUCGCCUGAAUCUACCUCUUUCCCAGCUACGAGGUCAAGCAUACGAUGGGGCGGCCAAUAUGUCGGGACGAAUGCAGGGUGUGCAAGCACAUCUGAAGAAGGAGCAACCUCUGGCUGUUUAUGUUCACUGUGGGCCACAUUGUAUCAAUGUUAUUACCCAAGCUGCCUGUGCAUCCUCCACUAUCAUAAGAGAUGCUAUUCAUUUGGUGCAUGAAUUGGGCGUGUUGUUCCACCAGUCUAUGAAGUUCAGGGCCAUCUUUGCAACUAUAGCGAAGUCGGAUCAUACAGCUCCUUACACAUCGCUGAAGCCUCUUUGCCCCACCAGGUGGACGGUGCGAACGCCAGCCAUUCGCUCUGUUCUCAAUCAGUACCACUCCGUGCUUGCUGCAACAGAGGAAAUGGCUCAGUCUUCCAUGAUGGAUGUGGCUGCAAAAGCAAGUGGCCUUCAUGAGAAGUUUUUGAGGGGCAAUACACUUCUUGGCCUUCUUCUUGCAGAAGAUGUGAUGUCGAUGUUGGAGGAGCUGAACAUUUCUCUGCAGCAGAGAAGACAGACGACAUCAGGGAUGCUGGCUACCGUGGAGCAUGUGAAGAGAGGGAUCCAGGAGAAAAGAUCAGAAGGGCAUUUUGGCCAGCUGUACAUGAGAGCAUCUCAGGUUGUAACAUCUGUAAGCCUGCAGCCCAUCAAAAUGCCUCACGUGAGAAUGCCCCCAAAACGCUUCACUGGUCCAGCCAUGCAGCAUCAGCAUCAUAGGUUUCAAGGUUUCAAGGUUUUAUUUGUCAUAUGCACAGCAGAUACAGCGUAUAUGUUGGCAAUGAAAAUCUUAUGUCCCAUGCUCCUCCAACAACUCCACAUACAUGGUGCAAAUAUGGCUCAAGACUACUACAGAGUGCAGUACUUUGGCACUUUAGACACUGUCGUUACACAGUGCUCAGAGCGUUUUAGCCAAGAGGGGCUUCAGAGGCUACAGAAGUUAGAAAACAUUGUCAUCACUGGGAAGAUGGAUACACUCAUCAAUGAAUACCCAGAGUUGGAUGCCAUGUCUUUGGACAUACAGUUGAAAAUGUUCAAGGCCAACUACCCCAGUACAAGUCUCUCAGAGCAGAGGCUGAGCGAAGUUUUAGUGCCCUUAGACGCCUGA